UAGGAAAUUUCUAUCCACAGCAACUGGCCAACAUACAACACAGCGGUAGCUUUAUCAUCCUCCUCAACCUGCAAUUCCAUCCGGCCCGUGCGAUUUACCAUGUUCUCGCAGUGUUGCUGUUGGAGCGUUUCCACGUCUUCCUGGGCUUCUACUCAUUCAUGGGUAUCCGCAAAGCACCGCCUUGGUAACAAUUCUUGCCGAACAGAACCAUUUCUUCUUCUUCGCAUGAGAGCGAGACAGCCCAAAUCCUCUCCUUUAAGGCCCACUUGUCUCGGAGCUGAAUUGUUCGACCAGUUUGGGCAACUCGCCCACAACAAGGUUUUACUUGCGGCCGGGGGUUCUGCUGCAAUUGGGCAGCUCUCUAAGCCCUUCACUUCUGUGCUUCUCUAUGGAAAAGACUUGGAUUUCAGGGCUACCAUUCAGGCUGGAGGCUUCCCGUCUACCCACUCCUCUGCAGUGGUGGCCACCGCGGCAACCAUUGGCUUGGAAAGGGGUCUCUCAGAUUCAAUUUUUGGCCUAACGGUUGUUUAUGCUGGCCUUGUUAUGUAUGAUGCGCAGGGUGUGAGAAGAGAAGUAGGAAAUCAUGCAAAAGUGCUGAACAAAGUGCUGGCCAAGAUACACUUAAAUUCAGUUCACAAUAAGGAUAGAGAUGAUUCUAUUGAUUCUCAACCGGGACCCUCAUUGCCGAUAAGUUUGGAGAGCCUUGGGCCCCUCUUGUCUGAGGAAGCAGGUUCUUUCACAUCAAAACCAAUAAAGUCUCCUCUGUUACUUAGAUCAGAUGACAAAAUGAGGCAAAAUAAUGAGGCAGUGCUGUCUUCUGCCUUAGCCGCUGAUGUUGAAGAAGGAUCAGAAAGAAGUAGUGAUAAUUCAAUUCCAUUAAAAGAAUCAAUCGGCCAUACUGAGGUUGAAGUCAUAGCAGGUGCUCUGCUUGGUUUCUUUGUUAGCUUGGCUGUAUAUACCAUACCAUGAUAUUGUAUAAGUUGUCUACUUUUAUUAUUUUUCCUACUAUUCUGAUUCAUAGGCAUCUAGUGUUAAAAAAUUAUUGCAAACAUCAAUACACUGCAUUCCAAUUAGAUUCAGAUUCAACCCAA